ACUCCAACCAUCCAUCUUCAGUUCACUGCCAUGUGCUCAUACACCAUAACUAAAUAAACCGCCGUCACCACCACUCCCGCCGCCUCUUUCUCAUCAAUUCCGGCAAAAUGGCAGCCAUUGGAUCUUGUUUCUCUGUGGCCACUAUCCGAUCAAAGCACUUAUCAUCGUUGGAUAGUACGGUCCUUGGGAUCACUUGUCCACGCGCAUUGCCUGUAGUGACAACUGUAGCUUACAAUCAUCCAAUCGACUCUGUGUCAAUCGGAAUCGCCUUGAUCAAGUGGCGGGUGUCUAAGAUCUCGGCUGCUGUGGCCCAGGAGGAAGUGACAGCUGCGAUUGAGACGGAGCCCAUCGAAAAUGAGGAGGAAGAAGGAGAGGAAGGAUCAGUUGAAGAGGGAGUAGAAAGUGAACCUUUGAAUACAAAACUUUAUUUUGGUAAUCUGCCUUAUAAUUGUGAUAGUGCCCAAUUAGCUGGGAUUAUUCAAGAUUAUGGAAGCCCAGAGAUGGUUGAGGUGCUCUAUGACAGAGACACUGGAAGAAGCAGAGGUUUUGCUUUUGUUACCAUGAGCAGCAUCGAAGAUUGUAACGCGGUCAUCGAGAAUCUGGACGGAAGUGAAUAUGGUGGGCGGACGUUGAGGGUGAACUUUUCGGACAAACCCAAGCCCAAAGAGCCUUUGUAUCCUGAAACUGAGUACAAGCUUUUCGUGGGUAACCUGUCUUGGUCCGUCACCUCCGAAAGCCUAACCCAAGCAUUCCAAGAAUAUGGCAAUGUGGUUGGAGCUCGGGUUUUGUUUGAUGGCGACACGGGCAAGUCUCGUGGUUACGGUUUCGUAUGCUACUCAACCCAACAAGAGAUGGAAGCUGCCCUUGAAUAUCUCAAUGGAGUGGAGCUGGAAGGGCGAACCAUGCGGGUCAGCCUGGCACUAGGCAAGCGAUCUUAAAAGAAAGCUAGCCUUGGAUUUGGGACAUUUUAAGAAGGAAAUCCGACUCUAACGACGUCUUGGGCAGAUGAUGGAUGUGUUCUUCCACUUCUACAAAGGCAUCCCCCUUGAUGGGGAGAUUGUUUUCUUUUCAUUUUCACUUCCUCUUGUCUAUACUUUGUGGAUUGGGAGAAUUCCUUUGUAGAGAACUCAACAAUAUUGUUAGUUAAUGAAAAUGACCAUCUCAAUCA